GACCCACAACACAUAAACUCACUCAGUCUGUGGGGAGAACUCAGCAAGAACAGAAACAAGUUAGAGAGAGAGAGAGAGAGUGAGAGAGAGAGAGAGAGUGAGUGAAGGAGAUAAAAAGUGCCAUAUAGAGAAAGAGAGAGAGAGAGAAAAACAACAACAGAAAAACCGUAAGGGGAGAAACCAGCACGUGAAGCUAGUAGAAAGAGAUAGAGGAGAGGAAAGGAGGUGCAGCAUGUCUGAGUUCAGUAUGCUGCUGUUGGCUGGCCUGGUGCUGCUCCUGCUGCUGCUGGUCUGGAGGAGGAGGGGGGGACGGGGGCUUCCACUGCCCCCAGGCCCCACUGGUCUACCCCUGCUGGGAAACCUGCCCCAAGUGGACAAGAGAGCCCCCUUCAAGACCUUCAUGAAGUGGAGUAAGCAGUAUGGGCCGGUCAUGACUGUGCACCUUGGGCCCAAACGGUUUGUGGUUCUGAGUGGGUACCAGGCAGUGAAGGAGGCGCUGGUGGACCAGGCAGAUGAUUUCACAGGAAGAGCACCAAUACCAUUCUUGAACCGGGUGGUCAAGGGAUACGGUCUGGCCAUCAGUAAUGGGGAGCGCUGGCGCCUGCUGAGACGCUUCACACUGAGCACGCUCAGAGACUUUGGGAUGGGCCGCAAGGGGAUGGAGCAGUGGAUUCAGGAGGAGAGCCGACAUCUGCUGGAGAGUCUGAGAGAAAACAAGUCGACCCCGUUUGACCCCACAUUCUUCUUGAGCCGUGCUGUGUCCAACGUGAUCUGUGCUCUGGUGUUUGGACAGCGCUUCAGCUACGAUGACGCUAACUUCCUGCGUCUCCUGCAGAUCAUCUCAGAUACGUUCCGCUUUGGGAGCAGCCCCUGGGGACAGCUGUACAACAUCUUCCCCAGGCUGAUGACUUACAUGCCUGGCCCCCACCAAAACGUCUUCCGACACAUCAACAAACUUAGGGAGUUUGUUAUAGAGAAGAUCGACCAGCAUAAGGAGACACUGGACCCAGACAACCCCCGAGACUACAUCGACUGUUUCCUCAUCAGACUCAACCAGGAGAAAGACCUUCCCACCACAGAGUUCUUCUAUGAUAAUCUCGUCUCCACUGUCCUCAACCUCUUCUUUGCUGGCACUGAGACCACCAGCACAACCAUGAGAUAUGCUAUGAUGCUGCUCAUCAAGCAUCCAGAGAUACAGGAACACAUGCAUGAGGAGAUUGAGACAGUGAUUGGCGAACAACGCAUUCCACAAAUGGAGGACAGGAAGUCCCUCCCCUACACGGACGCUGUCAUCCAUGAGGCGCAGCGCUACUUGGACAUAGUGCCCCUCAACCUCCCCCACUACGCCACCCGUGACAUCACGUUCAGAGGCUACGCCAUUCCCAAGGACACCGUGAUCAUUCCCAUGCUGCACUCUGUGCUCAGGGAUGAGGACCAAUGGGAGAAUGCCUGGACCUUUAACUCCGAGAACUUCCUGGACCAAAAUGGCAACUUUAAGAAAAACCCAGCCUUUUUUGCCUUCUCAGCAGGUAAGCGGGCGUGUGUGGGUGAGUCCCUGGCGCGGAUGGAGCUCCUGCUCUUCCUGGUGUCCAUAGUGCAGCAGUUCCACCUCAGCACCCCUGGAGGACCAUCCAAUCUGGACACAGAGCCUGAGUUCAGCAGCUUCGGUAAUGUCCCCCGGCGUUACGAGCUCAUCGCCACCCCCCGGCCUCCUGUCACCAGCAGCUGCUGGUUCAAGAGGAGGAGCAGCAGCUGCUGGUUCGAGAGGAGAAGCAGCAUGUCUGAGUCCAGCAUGCUGCUGUUGGCUGGCCUGGUGCUGCUCCUGCUGCUGCUCGUCUGGAGGAGGAGGGGGGUACGGGGGCUUCCACUGCCCCCAGGCCCCACUGGUCUACCCCUGCUGGGAAAUCUGCCCCAAGUGGACAAGAGAGCCCCCUUCAAGACCUUCAUGAAGUGGAGUAAUCAGUAUGGGCCGGUCAUGACUGUGCACCUUGGGCCCAAACGGUUUGUGGUUCUGAGUGGGUACCAGGCAGUGAAGGAGGCGCUGGUGGACCAGGCGGAUGAUUUUGCAGGAAGAGCACAAAUACCGUUCGCUAUGAAACUGCUCAAGGGAUAUGGUCUGGCCAUCAGUAAUGGGGAGCGCUGGCGCCUGCUGAGACGCUUCACACUGAGCACGCUCAGAGACUUUGGGAUGGGCCGCAAGGGGAUGGAGCAGUGGAUUCAGGAGGAGAGCCGACAUCUGCUGGAGAGUCUGAGAGAAACCAAGUCGACCCCGUUUGACCCCACAUACUUCCUCAGCCGUGCUGUGUCCAACGUGAUCUGUGCUCUGGUGUUUGGACAGCGCUUCAGCUACGAUGACGUCAACUUCCUGCGUCUCCUGCAGAUCAUCUCAGCUACAAUACGCUUUGGGAGCAGCCCCUGGGGACCGUUGUACAACCUCUUCCCCAAGCUGAUGGACCACCUACCUGGCCCCCAUCACACUGUCUUCAGCCAGAUGGAAGAGCUUAAGGCCUUUAUGAGGGAGAAGAUCCACCAGCAUAAACAGACACUGGACCCAGACAACCCCCGAGACUACAUUGACUGUUUCCUCAUCAGGCUCAACCAGGAGAAAGACCUCCCAACAACAGAGUUCCACUAUGAUAACCUGAUAGGAACGGUUAUGAACCUUUUUCUGGCUGGAACUGAGACCACCAGCACCACCAUCAGAUACGCCCUCAUGCUUCUAAUAAAGCACACAGACAUUCAAGAGCAUGUGCAUAAGGAGAUUGACACAGUGCUUGGCCAACAUGGCAUCCCACAAAUGGAAAACAGGAAGUCCCUCCCCUUCACUGAUGCUGUGAUCCAUGAGGUGCAACGCUACAUGGACCUUGUGCCCCUCAAUGUUCCCCACUACGCCACCAAAGACAUCUCAUUCAAGGGCUAUGCCAUCCCUAAGGAUACAGUGAUCCUUCCCAUGCUGCACUCUGUGCUCAGGGAUGAGGACCAAUGGGAGAAUGCCUGGACCUUUAACCCCGAGAACUUCCUGGACCAAAAUGGCAACUUCAAAAAGAACCCAGCGUUCCUUCCUUUCUCUGCAGGUAAGCGGGCGUGUGUGGGUGAGUCACUGGCGCGGAUGGAGCUUCUGCUCUUCCUGGUGUCCAUAGUGCAGCAGUUCCACCUCAGCACCCCUGGAGGACCAUCCAGCAUUAACACCACCCCAGAGCUCAGCAGCUUUGCCAACGUCCCCCACCAGUACCAGCUCAUUGUCACCCCCCGCUGACCAACCAUGGUAAUGGGCUGCAGCCCAGCGCCAAACAGCCUCCCCCAACCUCUUCACCUCUGAAGAACAUCUUGCAAACUCUUGUUUAUUUACCAGAAAUGAUCCUUGUAAAAUGAAGUCCAGGCCAGAUAGAAAUUACAAAACUUUUCAAGACUUUAAAUUAUGUUUCUUUUAACAAUAAAGAUUUAAGGUAA